CUCAUAUUUGGGAUACUGGAGUCAGUGUGUUUCAACAUGCGCUUUGCUUGGAGCACUCUUGUGUCCAUCGUCGCUUGGAUGAUGCUGACUAUGCGCCUGGAAAUUGAGUGCAAGGAGAGCUGUUAUUAUGUGAUUUUAACCUACUCCAACUGGACAGACGAUCGUCCCCGCUUUGUAGUGAAUAUGACAUUUUCAAACCAAACUGGAAUUAGCUCCAUUACCACCAUCAAUGAAGAGAUCGCCUCGCCUGUCUCCCGUAUCCUAAUCGUUCAGCGCGCCGGCAAGGAGAAGUCCCGCACCAUCUACAACGCAUCCACCAGGUUGUGCGACUUGCAAAAUGUUUUCAACUCGGUGCCGCUCUUCAAGCCCGCCAAGGACAGCGUGCUCAAGCAGAGUAACUACACCAUGAGCUGCCCGCUCACCAAGGGCACCUACGCCAUGAACAACAUGCGCGUCAAUCCCAAGAAUCCGCUCCUCAGCUUGCUCUAUCAGCCAAAGCAUUCCUUCAUGGUAAAGGGAGGAUUAUACGAGGAACUCCCUCGUGGCCGCAUGAGACCGUUGUCUACUUAUUUUAUGACGGGCAAGGUUAUAAAAAGGUCUUGCGGUGCUAACGAAUGAACGAAAUAAAUCAGAACUCAGC